AUGGCCACUCGCGGACGAGGUCGAGCACGUUCACAAGAGAGUAGGGAUGGGCAACUGGUUGAUAACCAUGCCGAGUUCAUAGUGGCGAUGGCGAAUCUGGCGAGCACCAUGGAGGCGAAUGCUGCUGCGACUCUGCAAGCUGUGCAAAGGUUAGUCCAACUAGCCAGAACUAGAAAUAAACAUGGAGAAGGUGCUAAGGACAGCUUGAGUGGUGUCCCGAGAACUCUAGCUACUUUUCAGAAGGCUGACCCGCCAGUUUUCACUGGUUCGACAAACCAUAUGGAAGCAAACAACUGGUUUCAAGCGGUGGAGCGUGCAUUGCUAACUCAACAUGUACCGUAUGAUAAGUUCGUGGAAUAUGCAACUUAUCAACUAGUGAGAGAAGCUCAGCAAUGGAAAUACUUUCAUGAGUCAUUAAGGGAGGCUAGAGAAUUAAAGCUCUUGCAUCUGAAGCAAGGGUCCAUGACUAUAGCAAAAUACACCAGCAAGUUUGAGGGACUCUGUAGGUUCUCGAGGAUAAGUCAUGGUACUCCUGAGUCUUGUGAGGAAUGGAAAUGCAUCGGAUACGAAGUGGGGUUGAAAGAUAUCAGGCGUUCUGUGGCUCCACGGGAGAUGAGGAGACUUUCUGAAUUGGUGGACGUAGCGAGGGUUGUUGAAGAUUAUGCAAGGACGGUAGCCUCGUCAAGGAACACUCACGUAGGUAAUUCUAGUAGGGAACUUGAUGAUCACCUCGAACCAAGGGGACAGAACUUCAAGAAAGAUGGACAUACUCCCCAAUAUCUGCAAAGUCAAGGGAACUUCAGAAGGAGCAUCAAAGCUCAGUUUCAUCAGGCGAAAGGAAAGGGUCAAUGCUAUAAUUGUGGGAAACCUGGGCAUAUAUCUAAGUUUUGUCGCCGCGGGAGGAACUGA